AUGGCCCACGCAGAUCCGGCGGUGCCGGCUCAGCCUUCGGGCGCCUACCUUGACUAUCUCCGAGCUGAGGUCCCUAUCAGAAGGGAAUUAGCAUCUGAGCUUGUGCGAGAUGGUAAGCAGAAAAUGCGCGAUAUCUUGGACAUCUCAAAGCAACAUGGCGAUGAGAUCUAUCGUGAUCCCGAAUCCCGCCGAUUAUUUCUUGGGACUCUUUACUACAGUCGACCACAGCUACAUUAUGGUGCCGUGAUUUCACCCAGCCUCGUGAUGGACUCUACUAGUCGUCCGUGCUCCGAUGCAGAAUCUCCCAAAUCAACAAAAACAGGUGUCCCACAUUCUUCUGCCCCAAAAGUUGCCUCCGAUGAGGUUAAACAAGCAGAAGGUACCACAGGCACAGCUAAAAUUGACCAAAAUACAGACACAGCCUGUCUUGCAUCGCUUGCUUUCGAUUUCGGAAGAAAAUCAAUGACUAUCAAGCGGGUUGAUGAGAUAAAACUCGCCGAGCAGAUGACCACAGCGGCGCUUCACGUGCUCAAGCAAGCUGUUUCUGAAGGAACGGCUGAUCGAACCACACAAACAUAG